CUUUCCUUAGGAAUGCAAUCUUUCUUACAAUAUUAUAUAAACUCUUCAAUAUAAGUUAAUAUUGGGACUCAGAUCGGUGGUGGACGCCCCUACAAACCAGAUUAGAAACCUGCAAGGUUAUAUCUGCGGGGGUGAAUGAAGAACGGUAUUGAACGAAGGGCGGUGGCGGCGGCGCAGUGUAACGACAGCUUUGGGUCGAGACGCAGUGUGCACCAGUCUGCUCCAAGAUCUCGUGGUUGUAGCUGUUACCAUCACUCCAUACACACGGCUGAACUAAUAAUUGAAAUUCUCUUCUUGGGAUUGUGAGGAUUCCGCAGCGUAUACUCCUUGGAAGCCACACAAGCACUUGUUGCGGCAGCACCCGGUCGGAGGUUCCUGGUUGGACUCCCUCGCCGCGGAUACAGCAAGUGUUGGUGUUGUGUUGUGUUGUCAGUGUACGCCUUCCGUGCCGCCACCAUGUACGGGGGGAUGAUGAGGGUUGCAAAGUGUCCUAACGAGGAGCUUUCCUUCACCAACUGUGUCAUCGUCAACGAAAAUGAUUUCCCGCUGAAGGUCAAGUAUAUUCAGGUAAUAGCAGACCAAGGCCGGCAGUUCAUCUACACCAUCAGACACGACCGAGGGGUGAAGCCUGGCCACAUGGGGUUCAAUGCCAUCCAACGCAAGCAGGCACUUCUCUCCCUUGAUCAAGAGAUCCGUGUGGAGCCAUACGUGCAUGACCCACACAGGCAGCUGAUCGGCACCAUGGUGUUAGAAGCUGACUUCCUGCAAAAGAAAAGCACCACCAAUGAGCCUUACAACACAGAUCAGAUGUCAAUGGCCUUUAUGGAACAGUUUGCUAAGCAUGGAUAUACUGUUGGGCAGCCACUUGUCUUCAAGUUUCAGGACAAGAAGACAUUGUCCCUUACUGUUAAGGAGAUUGAAGCUGCUGACCCAGAGGCAGUGACAUCAGGAACGAAAAAAGAGCCACGCAAAAUAGAUUUUGGAGUGUUACAACCCAAUUCUUCGCUUAUAUUUGAGAAGAGUGAAGGCUCUUUCCUAAUUCUUACAGGCAAAGCAAAGGCCCGGUCAACCCACACCAGUCUCUUCUCAGCUGACUGGGACUUUCAGAAGAUGGGCAUUGGUGGUUUAGAUGAACAAUUUAUUCAGAUUCUCAGAAGAGCUUUUGCCUCAAGAGUUUUUCCACCAGAAGUGACAGAACAGCUGGGAGUGAAGCAUGUCAAGGGUCUACUGCUGUAUGGACCUCCAGGUACUGGCAAGACAUUGAUGGCUCGUCAAAUAGGAAAGAUGCUUAAUGCUCGAGAACCAAAGAUUGUUAACGGUCCUGAGAUUCUAGACAAGUAUGUGGGAGAGUCUGAGGCCAAUGUGCGCCGCCUCUUUGCUGAGGCUGAAGAAGAGGAGAAGCGCAUGGGUCCCAAUUCUGGUCUUCACAUUAUCAUCUUUGAUGAGGUUGAUGCCAUCUGCAAACAGAGAGGUUCAGUUGCUGGCAACACUGGUGUCAAUGACACUGUGGUCAACCAGCUUUUGUCCAAAAUUGAUGGUGUAGAGCAACUCAAUAACAUUCUAGUCAUUGGCAUGACCAACAGAAAGGACAUGAUAGAUGACGCCCUGCUGAGGCCUGGUAGACUGGAGAUCCAAGUAGAAAUUGGUCUUCCUGACGAACAGGGACGAUUUGACAUUCUCAAGAUCAAAACUGCAAAGAUGAAAGAACACAACAAACUGGAUCGUGACGUUGAUCUUGCAGAGAUUGCCUCUCUGACCAAAAAUUUUUCAGGAGCGGAACUUGAGGGCCUUGUGAAGGCUUCCUCAUCCUCGGCCUUGAAGCGCUACAUUCAUCUAGGAAACAAAAUUGAGGUGGAUCCUAAUGCCAUUGACAAAUUGAAAGUUACUCGAUCAGACUUCAUCUACUCCCUUGAAAAUGAUGUAAAACCCUCCUUAGGGACCAGUGAUGAGGCUCUGUCAAAGUUUAUUGAGAGAGGAAUCAUUAAUUGGGGAGCAACCAGAGAACUAGUGGAAAAGGGACUGAUGUUUGUAAAGCAAGCAAGGUCACCUGAAACUAGUAAUCGGCUUUGCCUUUUACUUGAAGGGGCACCAACUGCAGGUACUUCUGCAAUGGCAGCAUAUUUAUGCAAAAAUUCUAACUUCCCUUUUAUAAAAGUCAUUAAUUCUCGAGAAAUGGUUGGUUUCAUGGAGGCCUCCAAGUGUUUGAGAAUCAGUAAAAUUUUUGAUGAUGCAUACCGCUCAGAACUAAGUUGCAUUUUCAUGAAUGACCUUGAACACUUGAUGGGAUAUUCACCUAUUGGCCCAAGGUACCAGUCCCUUGUUCUGGAUGCCAUGUACUCUCUUCUGUCGGCCUCUCCUCCUCCAGGCCGCAAAUUACUUGUCAUCUGCACUUCUAAACGACGCUCAGUACUGGAAGAAUUGGGUCUCCUCUCAGCCUUUACAGCCGUCAUCAGGGUUCCUUAUAUUGCACAUGUGGAAGAUGUCAGGCUUGUGCUGGAGGAGUCACAAGCAAUGAGUCCAGAUGAGAUUGAGGCAGUUAUGGAUCACAUUCAUCAUGGAAAAAUUUUUGUUGGUGUUAAAAAGCUACUGGGUCUCCUUGACACUAUGCGUGUUAUGAAGGGAGUUGACUGGCGUAAGAGAGUAGCAUCUUUCGUUAACUUGUUAGAAGAUGAAGGGGUGUACACUCCAGAACUAUAAUUUUUUUUUUUUUUUUUUUUUGUUGAGUGAGACCAUAUGCAUUCACACAUGGCCAAAUAUACAUCACAAGAUAGAAACUGGUGAGGAAAACUGCAUGGUAAGCUCCAGAUUUUAGUAUUACAUAUUUAAACAUGAAAAUUGUGACAAUUUAGACAAUUAGGCUGGAAUAUAAUAUUAUCUAGCAUCAUCAGUGGUCCCUGUGAAAUAAACAAGUUAAUUUUAGAAUAAUUUUUGAAACUGUGGUGCAGUUGUCAUGCAUGGAAGUAGUAGUCAUAAAACUGGCAAGCUUGCCUUUAUCAGUGGCUAUAGAACAUUAUGAGGAGGAAUUAACAAGUGUUAGGAUUUAUGUCAGAUUAUUGUUUUAUUUCACAUUUUUCAAGUUAUUGCUGUUAUCUUAAGUUAUAUUUCUCUGGUGUGAUGUCUGUUAUUGAGAUUAAUUCAUCACAUCAAGAUUGGGGGAGGGGGAUCCUGAAAAUAUUGUUUAAUAUUGUUUUGCUCAGAACUGUCCUUAGAAAAAUAUCUAUAGUGUGUGUAUGUGUGUGUGUGUGUGUGUGUGUAUGUGUGUGUGUGUGUGUGUGUGUGUGUGUGUGUGUGUGUGUGUGUGUGUGUGUGUGUGUGUGUGUGUGUAAUAAGAAGUGUUCUGCUCUCAAAAUGAGCUCCUGGUGUGCAUUUCUUCAUCUAAUGAAAUAUUCAUUUUUAAGAUCUUCAUUUGUUUACUCCAGUCAUGAAUUUUUAUAGUGGCCAAAUGUAAUGUGUGAUGUGUAAAACAUUAUUAAUAAGUGCUAAAAUAUAGCUACUGAUGUUAGGUAAUAUUUGCUGCAAGAUCAUACACAUAAUAUAUGUAAAUUAACUAUCCUUUCCACUUCUAAUGAACAUAUCAUAUGGUGAUCAAGAAUCUCAAAGCAUGUGUUUGUUUUCCUUUGUGACAGUGCAAUAUUCCACCAAGGGUUUUUCUUUUUUUCUUUUUUUCCUUACAGUGAAAAAAGAUGGUUGAUUGACCAUAAAUUAAAUAAUAUGUAAAAGGUGUUCAACUUACAAAAGGUUGUGGUGUGAUUCAAUUCAUCACCAGUUUGGUAACUUCACAAACAUAUAUAACUGUUAGUUUAUGUUGCUCCUUAAGUAGUCUUUUUUUUUUUCACAUUCAAAACAAAAAUUAA